UUAGCACCGCCCCUCAGUGUCCGCGUGCGGCUGUCAGCUUCCCCGGUGCGACUAUUAUCUCUCCGUCUUCCUUCGGAACCGCUUGGGUUUUGGAUUGUACGGCACCUGGAUAAUAGGCAGGCAAGUGGUUUCAUGAUGGAGGAGCUUCACGAUGUCCAGCUGACUGAGAUCAAGCCUCUCCUGACUUCACAGAAUGGACAAAACCUCCAAGACUUCGACUGUCAGGAGCAUGAUGUAGAGACUCCACAUGGUGUGCUGCAUGUUACCAUGAGAGGGGUUGCUAAGGGCAACCGACCCACAAUUCUCACCUACCAUGACAUUGGCCUGAACCACAAGUCUUGUUUCAACAGCCUGUUUAACUACGAGGACAUGCAGGAGGUGACUCAGCAUUUCUCGGUUUUGCACAUUGAUGCUCCGGGUCAACAAGAGAACGCUCCCACAUUUCCCACUGGAUACCAGUACCCCACUAUGGAUGAAUUGGCUGAGAUGCUGCCUUCAGUCUUGACACAGCUCCAGGUGAAGAGUGUUAUUGGCAUCGGGGUUGGAGCCGGGGCCUACAUCCUCACCAAACUUGCUUUAAAUGAACCCAUGCUGGUUGAAGGUUUAGUUCUCAUCAACGUCGACCCAUGUGCCAAGGGUUGGAUGGACUGGGCCGCCUCAAAGCUGAGCGGCUGGACCAGCAACCUGGUGGACAUCUUGAUGGGACACCACUUCAGCCCUGACGAGUUGACUGAGAACAAGGAGCUCAUUCAGACGUACAGACUCCACAUCUCUCAGGAUAUACCACAGGACAACCUGGCCAUGUUUUACACCAGCUAUGACACUCGCCUCGAGUUGCAGAUGGAGCGUCCAGUUCCUGGCCUCAAUGAGAAUGAAGUGAAGACACUCCGGUGCCCUGCUCUGUUGGUGGUUGGAGACACAUCACCUGCCGUGGAUGCCGUCGUGGAGUGCAACUCUAGACUGAACCCUAUAAAGACCACACUGCUCAAGAUGGCAGACUGUGGAGGGCUUCCUCAAGUGGUACAGCCUGGGAAACUCGCAGAGGCCUUUAAGUAUUUUGUCCAGGGGAUGGGAUACAUCCCUCAUGUUGUCUUAAAUCACCUGAGAGCCAAUCAGGUAUCAGGAUUUUAUCAGAGCCCCGCCCUCUCUCCAUCCUCUCACCAUGAUGUCAGUCGGAUCGUUUUUGUCUGCAUGUUGCUGCACUUUUUCUUUCCCCACACAGAUUCUUUCUCGGUCAGUAGGCGUGGCCAGCAGGUCGUACAGCAUGCCAACACUUUCAGCUCGCACUUUGUGAUGAGAUUCUGCAGUUGUUUUUUUUAAGUGAUGCUUCCUAUGUGUAAUGAAUCUCAUCAACAGAACAAAGCUCCCUUUUAGUCAGAUUAUAAAAUGUACCAAAAGUUUUCAAGGAAGUAGAACCUGGGACAGACUCAUGAACCAAUGAUGGUCCAUGUGGAGCCAAAACUGCCCCUUAUGGACUACAAUCUUUAAAUAUAAUUCUGGUGCAGAUUGUAGCGGCUCAUGGGAAACUGUCUCUGGUCUUUACCUUCCUUGGUCUAUUUUUGGUACUGACCACUGCAACACUCAAAAAAGAAGUAUCUAGUAUAAAAAAUAUUUUUUAUCUCCCAUCUGUCAUCCAUACGAGCCAGCUGAAAGAUCAUCUUUAUCUUGAUAUGAAACACAUUAUUAUUAUAAUAUUUCACUCUACAUUAUUUUACAUGAAAGCAGCAAAAAGUGAUCUUUGCUUUGACUGUUAGGAUUUGAACCCCGCCACUGUGCAGGCAAUUCAAAUCCGAGAUGGAGAUGAUGACUCAUUUAAAAAAAAAAGGGACACCCAAGAACACUAACAUUAAGCGGAGAUUUGCUUCC